AUUUCCUUUCUGGGGACGACAAGCUUGAAAAGUCAAGAAUUUGUACAAGAUAUGAAGAGGAGGGUUCUACUUAUAUGUAUUGGAGUAGGUUUUCUGGGGCUCAUAGCUGCUGCACUGGGAUUCGGUGCAGAAUCUAAGAGGAUCAAGGAAUCUGAGAUUAAUUUUAUCGAUCCUGGCAAAUGUACAUACCCGAGGGCCCCAGCUUUCGCCCUCGGAUUGACUGCAUUUUUGGUUCUUAUAGUUGCUCAUGCAAUUAUCAAUGCUUCAGCUGGCUGUAUUUGUUGUAACAAACUAUCUGGUGCUUGGGUUACAUUCUGUGCUGUGUUUUCCUGGUUAAUGUCUGCUCUAGCUUCUAUUCUAUUACUUGCAGGAUCACUUCUGAAUGAUCGACACACUGUGGAUGAGAGGUACUCUGUUGACUUUUGUUACGAAGUUCUUAGGCCUUGGAUAUUUGCAAAAGGUGCAGUAUUGGGUCUUAUAAGUGUUACCUUUGGGGUUCUAUAUUACCUCCACAUAUCUUCAACCGAAGACAUGAACCAAAUGGGGACCCCUAACAAUACUGAUAAUCAUGGAAAUAUCGCGAUGACCCAACCUCAAGUCCCAGCUCAAAUGACUCAACAACCAGUAUUCGUUCCUGAAGACACGUACAAUCGGCGGCAAUUCGUGUAACAACUUCGUGGCAGUCGGUAGUAAAUUAGUAAUAUCGUUAUGUCUAUAAUAUAUAAGAUCCACAGCAUAUAGUCAUAUACAUGGGUCUCAGCAACGACUCGAAGAAUAAAACAAGUUUUCAGUUGAAUUCAAUGCUGUGCACAGCAUAUAAUCAUAUACCCAAAAAUAGUGUCACUGUUUUCUCCUUUUCUUUCCUUAUGCUAUUUUUGGUGUUUUCCUAUGACAGAUCUUGCAGACAUGUGUCUGACAAAUUUUACUGCAUCUGUUGCUCUCCCAUCGACAUCUGACGAUUUAAAGAUUUGUGGUUACAGGUUUUUUUAUGCAAUUUUGUUGUUGAAUUAAGUUAAAAACAGACUGCAACGAAAUCGAACAACUGCAGUGUCUGAAAUUUGUCCUUAAAUCAUGAAUAGACAAUGUUUACAGACUUGGGUGCGGUCA